UGCAUCCAUGAGAUCACGUCUCUGGGUUUGCCUAGGAUGGCUCACUCUGCUUACCGAGUUGAAACCAUUGCUCGUCUCGCUCAGUGGAGGAUUGAUGAUCUUCCCUCCUGCACUUACCGCCAGUCCGAUGCUUUCAAGAUCGGCUACUGGAACUGGCAUUUGACGGUGGAGAAGAACAGAGUGCUGUAUGUUAAACUAUACCCAGAAUUCUCAAAUCUAACGAGAGAUAAUCCCCCCAUUGCAUCCUUCAUAAUCCAGGUUGUCUGCUCAUCUGGAGAUCGAAAAUCUUUCACUCAUCCAGAAAUAACAGACAAGCAGUUGAAGAACAACGACGAUUUCAUCUGGCCGGUUGAGGCUCCUUUGACUGGGAAAUACAUUAUCGACGUCGAAUUUCUUGAUCUCAAGACUGCAUCUUCGAAAGGUGGGGAACCUUGCUCCAUUUGGACUGAAGGGUUUACACAAAAUCAAUCAAAUUCAGUAGUUCUUGCAUGUCUCGGUCGGACGUUAACACAAGGCAUCCACAUGGACAUCGUUAUUAAUGCUUCGGAUGGGAGCAUUGGAGCCCAUCGUGCUGUUCUUUCCGCGCGAUCGCCUGUUUUCCACAGCAUGUUUUCGCAUAACCUGCAAGAAAAAGAACUCUCAACCAUAAACAUAUCCGACAUGUCGAUUGAAGCUUGUCGGGCUUUCCUAUGUUUCAUUUAUGGAAACGUCAAACAUGAAGAGUUUCUGCCCCACCGGCUGGCACUUCUCCGGGCAGCUGAUAAGUACGAUAUCUCGGACUUGAAAGAGGCAUGCCACGAGAGUCUGCUAGAAGAUAUCGAUACAAAGAAUGUCCUCGAGAGACUCCAAAAUGCAGUUUUAUUCCAACUUCCAAAACUUAGAUCCAGUUGCCUGCAAUAUCUUGUGAAAUUUGGCAAGAUAUAUGAUAUUCGAGACGAUUUUAGUACUUUCAUGCAAUUUGCAGAAAGGGAGCUGAUAGUUGAUAUAUUCAACGAAGUUCUAAAUACCUGGAAAGGAUUCCAAGAUUCCACCAAUGGUAAACAACAAAGUUAAGCAUGUUCAAGUCGGCAGUACUCAUAGCAUCAACAACGAUUAUAGCGAGCAGGAUCAUAUUUGUAAAGAUGAUUCUUUUGUUCAUAUGGAAGUCAUGUGUCCAUGAACAUAUACAUAUAUGGAAUUGAUGUGCACACAU